CCAGGUAAUCCGCACGAGACAGAAUGCUCGUUCCUUCACUCUUGGUUCUCGUCGCCGCCGCAUACGCUGAAGGAAAUCAAGAGUCGGCGGGUAGCCCAGAAAUGGUUCCUUCAUAUUUUGACUAUUCUUCAGAGUUAUUUCCGCGAGAUGUACGUUUUGAACUGAAACGAGCAGCGAUGCCAUUUUCCGGAGGUUUGUAUGGAAAACGCGCUGUGAUGCCAUUCUCUGGUGGGCUAUAUGGGAAGAGAGCACCAAUGCCGUUCUCAGGAGGUUUGUAUGGAAAACGAUCGGAACCUAGCGCUUAUUAUGAUGAUGAGCGGUUGCUGCCUGAAGAUUCAGGAUCAUACGAAAAACGUGCUGCAAUGCCUUUCUCCGGUGGUUUGUACGGUAAACGUGUGGCUGUGCUUCCAUUCUCUGGAGGAUUGUAUGGAAAGCGAGCACAGCCGUUGCCAUUUUCGGGCGGGCUUUACGGAAAACGAACAAGCGACAGAAUUAUCCGAUCACCAAUGCCGCUUUCUGGUGGAAUUUUCGGCUAAGUACUGCAGGAAAUUGAACACGCCGCGCUCUUUGCUUAGCUCUCCUCUAAGUACUGUUGCAGCUUUAUGUAUGGAAGAGUGUUCUUAAGAAAAGAUCAAAAAUCUCUAUAAAUCUCUAGUAUGUUACUUGAUUUUAUGAAUCUGCUACUUUGUCAUGAUAAAUUGACCUUUUCUUCAAAUCGACUGAUGUAAUAAUGAAGCUUAGACUUAGUCGAGUUCCAUCUUGUUAUAGCGUUUCCAGAACUAUUUAUAACAUAUGCUCGUUUGUUGUGGAGUGUAAACACGCAUGUUUAUGGAUCUUAAUAA